CUCUUUUCACCUCUCUGAGCAAGUGUGCAUAAAGGAAACAAAUACAUCUACAUAUCAAUUGCCUCCCUCCCCACCUCUUUCCUCGUGCCUUCCCUUCUUUUCCCCUUCUUUCUCCUUCCCUUCCCCCUUCCUCCCUCUUCGAUCCUCUUCCGGAGGGUAUUGUUCGCCUUUGCGCUAUUUCCACCCACCCCUACUUUGGCCAUUCGGCGGGAGAAGCGGUUAUAGACGUUUGCAUGGCUCGCGACAAGGCAGGGUCUCCUUGGAGUGACGCAGAGAAGGUAAGGUCUUCUUCUUUUUCCUCUUCCUCUUCCUCUCCCCCUUCCUCUCCUAUCCCUGCCAUUCUCCCUCCGCUUUGUUCUCUUGCCUUGUUUGCUUUUGAUGCAUGUGCUGUGUUUGGCGGUUGGGCUAAUGGGAGUGAUGGUGAUUGAUAGAUACACCUUCUACUAGAGAUCGCGAAGCAGAACACCAGUCCCAACUGGCGCAUUAUCGAAUUUCCUACAGGUGUUUCCUCCUUUAUCCCCGUUUUCAUCAUGUCCUCCUUCGUCCUCGUCCGCUUUGCUUGUCCGGGACUGGCUGGACCGGGAUUGGCGGAGGAGGGGGGGGGGGGGGGAGGUGGAGGAGAAUGGGGAGGUGGCGGGGGAAUGGACGCUGGUUUCUACAUGGAAGGGAUUCGGGAAGGCUAAUCAAGUUUGCUCGCGAGGGAAUAAUAGGGCGGACAAAAACACAAGCACAAGCCAUCUUCACCAUGAUGAAGUCGCACAGCACCCCCCCCCCCUCCGUCAGGUAACAAAAAACGCGCGAGGGAGGAACUGGGGUACGAUCAAACGAGCAUCCCGAGCGUGGGACAGAGCAGCACCGCCGCCAUGAUGCCGGCGCCCAUAACCAAGCGAAAGCGUGGCCGCCCCACAAAGGCCGAGACGGAAGCCAGGAAGGCAGCGGAAGCGAGAGGGGAAAUACUGCCCAAACCGAAACCCUACGUUCCCAAGACCACGAGCAACGUGAUCGUUGGCCCGGAUGGCCAGGUUAAGAGGAGGCGGGGAAGACCCACAAAGGCCGAGACUGAGGCCAGGAAGGCGCGGGAAAGGGAGUUGAAGAAGAAGCAGGGUGGCGGCGAUGAGGAGGAGGAGGAUGAUGAAAAAACGAGGCAGCAAUUGGGGCAGAGCGAGCAGAGCGAGGUGGCCGAUGACGAUGAUGAUGACGAUGCAGAGGAUGAUGAAUGA